AUGCCUUUCGUACAAGCCAACAGCCACCGUCUCAACUAUGCCGAUUCCCACCCGGACGGCGCCCCAGCAAACGGCCACACCAUAAUCUUCAUUCAUGGUCUGGGAUCCUCGCAGAAUUACUAUUAUCCCGUCAUCCCUCACCUUACAGAGAAGCACCGCUGCAUCACCGUUGACACUUAUGGCGCCGCCCGGUCACCUUACACCAAUGACUCGGUUUCGAUUCCGGGGAUCGCAGACGAGGUCAUCGGCGUGCUUGACGCGCUUCGGGUCCCAAAAGCGAUCGUCGUCGGUCAUUCAAUGGGCGGAUUAGUCGUGACAGAACUUGGGUCGCGUCACACAGAUCGUGUGCAAGGUGUCGUUGCCAUUGGACCGACACACCCAUCAGAGCUUCUCGUCAAGGUGAUGAACAAGAGGUCCGAGACGGUCUUGGAAGCCGGCAUGGAACCAAUGGCUAAUACCAUUCCUUUCGCCGCGGUUGGCUCUCGCAGUACCGCGCUGCAAAAGGCGUUUAUUCGGGAGUUGCUGUCAGGUCAGGACCCUAAGGGAUAUGCCGCGCUCUGCCGAGCUAUUGCCUCUGCGAAGGCAUCGGAUUAUGCCGCUAUUCAAUCGCCUUUCCUACUUAUUGCAGGUGAAGAAGACAAAUCGGCUUCAAUGGAGGGAUGCCAGCACAUCUUUGACCAUGUCUCGAGCCAGAGCAAGUCUCUUGAGGUACUGAAGGGAGUCGGUCAUUGGCAUUGUAUUGAGGCUGGUGAUGAGGUCGGCGGAUUGAUCGCAAAGUUUGCGCAUGGUGUCUCAGUAUAA